AUGGCCAAUAAAUUCGAUUUCAUUCCCAAGAAAGUAUUAAACAAGCCAGUAUCUUUCAAUUUUCAAGUCCCUGAAGAAGACAUAGUUGAAUUCAAAAAGCUGUUGGAACUUUCAAAGAUCGGACCUGCAACCUGGUGGAAUCAACAUGGAGAUGCUGAAUUCGGAGUAUCUCGCCAGUGGCUGAUCGAUGCAAAGGAGGCAUGGCUGACCACUUUCGACUGGCGCAAGCAUGAGGAAUAUAUCAACAAAUUCCCAAACUUCAAAACCCUUAUCCAAGAUCACGAGAUCGGCGAGUCUGAAAUUCAUUUUGCUGCUCUCUUUUCGGCAAAAGAGGAUGCCAUUCCCAUUAUCUUCAUGCAUGGCUACCCAUCCUCGUUCACUGACUUCUUGCCGAUGAUGGAAUUACUGGUCGAAAAGUAUACGCCCGACACCUUGCCGUAUCAUAUUAUCGUGCCUUCUCUACCCGACUAUGGUCUUUCCAGCACUCGGAACCAAAAAGUUGAAAUGACUCUGGAGCGAUCCGCUCGUAUCAUGAAUCAGUUGAUGGUCGAUCUUGGCUUUGGUGAAGGCUAUGUUGCGCAAGGCGGUGAUCUUGGUAGCUUGCUUGCACGCAUUAUGUCCAUUCGGUUCAAGGAAUGCAAAGCAUUUCACCUCAACAUGCUUUUGCUGAAUGGGGGACAAGCUGUCCCUUCUCUCGAUACUCUGGGCCCUGAAGAUUUGCAUCUUCUUAAACGAACAGAAAGUUGGCGCAAAACUGGCUUGGCGUAUGCCCUUGAGCAUGGAACUCGCCCUGCAACUGUUGGACUAGUUAUUUCAUCCAGUCCGCUAGCUCUACUGGCUUGGGUUGGUGAGAAGCUUAUGGAGUGGACUGAUCCUCGGCAGCUAUUCCCUCUCGAUACCAUUUUGAGCAUGGUCAGCUUUUAUUGGUUUACGAACACGUUUCCUCGAAGUUUAUACCAUGCGACGCUCGUGAAAGAGUACUUUCUCGGGAACGACCUACCUCAUCCGACAUCGUUGGAGAAACCUCUUGGAUAUUCGGUUUUUCCAUAUGAUCUAACCAUUCUGCCCGAGCCUUGGGCUCGAAAGACUUAUCCUAAUUUGGCCUUCUUCAAUCGUCACAUCAAAGGAGGCCAUUUUGCUAGCAUUGAGCAACCAGAAGCACUUUUGGAGGACGUAGAGACAUUCAUCGGAGGAAUGAGCGGGUCAUUUGCGAGCCGAUAUACAUAG